AUGUCUAACUCUGUGGAGCAACAGUUUGGCGAGCUCAGCCUUUCCCAGGACGAGCAUGAUCAAAUGUACGAUCAAGAUGAUCAGCAAGACAGUAUAGUAGAUGUGAAAUGUAUGGCAACCCUAAAAGGUUCGAUUGAUGGCUCCCCGAUCUUGACGUCUAUCUCGCUCUUUCCCGCGCUGCGUUUAGAAAACGAGACCUCCAUUAUUUGA